AGGCGCUUUCCUUUUCGUAAACCGCUGCUUAAAAUAUUUUCCCCGAAAGAAAAGAAAAAGAAAAAAGAAAUUCCAAAAGCAUAUCGAAAACACCAGCUUCUCGUUUGAAUCACUCAGAAGAGGAGCACAGAUCAAAAUUCUCACGCACCACACCGCAAAACACGCACUCUUUCCCUCGCUUUCUCUUUCUCCUCAUUUUGUUGCUUAUAUCCAAUUACUGGCGCAAGCGUUUAUUGAUAAUAACACUGUUGUUUCUUUGUUCUUGAAGCUCGAUCUCAUUCGUGAGGUCACGAGUCGUGGCUGCAAGAUGCUUAAUUGGAGACAAAGUUUGGAUCUUUGGAUUUGAAUUUUGUCGAGGGCUCAUCAGAAGGAAGUGUUUCUUUGAAACCCUAGCUUACUGAAUUGUUCGUAUUUCAGUGUAGAAGUUAACAAUUUGGGGGUUGGUUUAGUUCUUUGAAGUCUAGGGUUUUUUUUUUUUUUUUUCGGUGGGUUAAUAUGGGGUUCGAGUUGCUCUUUGAUGUUAUUUUAGGUAUGGGUGGUCCGGAUUGAAGUUCUUGAAGUCAGGGCUUUUUAAAUUAUAGGUUAGGGUUCUGUUGGUAAUUAUUGGGGGUUUGAACUUGGAGAGAUAAUUUGUAGUUGUUAUGUUAGUUUGUGCGUGUAUAGGAGUUGGCUGGAGAAAUAUUUGAAGCUGUUGUAGUGUUUAUUCUAUUUAAAGUUGAGCUCUUUGGUUGUUUGUUAUAAGAGGAAAAGGAUAGGCGGGAAAAGAUGUUCUAUUCGCAGUUUAUAUUGGCUAAAAAGGGGCCUUUAGGAACCAUAUGGAUUGCAGCACAUUUGGAGCGGAAGCUUCGGAAAAAUCAGGUGGCUGACACUGAUAUUGGUGUCUCUGUAGAUUCCAUACUUUUUCCUGAUGUUCCGAUUGCUCUGCGGUUGUCCAGCCAUCUUUUGCUUGGUGUGGUAAGGAUAUACUCUAGAAAGGUCAAUUACCUCUUCGAUGAUUGCAGCGAGGCAUUGCUCAAAGUCAAGCAAGCUUUUCGCUCCACGGCUGUGGAUUUACCUCCCGAAGAAUCGAAGGCACCAUAUCAUUCCAUUACGUUGCCGGAGACAUUUGACCUUGAUGAUUUUGAACUGCCAGAUAAUGAGAUUUUUCAAGGAAACUUUGUUGAUCAUCAUAUCAGUUCGAGGGAACAGAUUACCCUUCAGGAUAACAUGGAGGGUGUGGUUUAUUCAACCUCACAAUUUGGUUUGGAUGAGAGAUUUGGUGAUGGUGAUACUUCAGGCCUAGACCUUGAUGAGGAAUUGUUGAUGGGAAAGAUCGAUGGGGCUGGGUUCCCUGGCGUGAGUGCUGAUCCUCAGACAUCAUUUAACUCAAUGACACAAGUGAAGGUAGAUGAACAUGAUGAAGGGCUGCAUGCGAGUGCUGACAGUCAGAUGGAAAAUGUUGUUGAAGAUAUUGGUCGCAUGGACUAUGCUCAGGCGCCCUCUACUCCUGGAUUGGUUGAAGAGCCCAACCUGUCAAAUAUCCAAGAGACUUCUUGCUGUGAUGAUCAUAAUGACUUCGAAGAUAACCAUAUGACUGAUGUUGCCGCAAAGGAUUCAGAAAAUGCUUCCAUCGGACUGAUUCCACAUCAUGAGCAUGAACAUGUUGAGGAUCCGGCUACACCUAAGGAGAUCAAAUCUGAUGGUGCUCAUUGCAAUGCGCAUCACACUAGUGAGUUGGAGAUUGAGAAGGGUUUCUCUCCUCCAACUGAGGAUGCUGAUAAGCUCAUAUUAACAGAAGGAACUGUUGCAGCUUCAGCUUCUGGAAAUUUAGUCGGGGAAAUUCCAGCUGAUCAUGAUGAACCAAUAUUGGCCGACAAGGUCAAUGCAGCAUCUGAUAGCCAUGAAGAUGGUGAACUCAACAAAACAGUCUCUGCUUCUGGAUUGGCUAAAUCCAAUGAUUUGUUAAGUGCAGGGGAUUCUGAACGACCAUCCUCCCCCAGGGAUGCACCAAAUAUGGACUUCCAGGCUCCUAUUCUUAGGCCAUGUAAUGGAGACCUUGGUAAGGGUGACCCUUCACACACUGGAGCUGGAAAUUCAGUGGAUGUUGAAACGUGUGAUAAAGGUGAAAUAUGUAAUUCAGUUGGUGAUUCAGAACUAAAACAAAAGGAAAACAUUUUUGCUGAACCGUCAUCUCUAGAUGUCUGUGCGGAGUCUGUUAAAUCAGAUACCCUUGGAAAUGAUACGGUGCAAGGAGAUACAGCAGGUACUGAAUGUCCUGCUCCUGAGAAAAUGCUUUCUUUACCUGAAGGGUUCAGUGACCAACCGAGUAACUUGCUCAUGGAGUCGACACCCUUGGAUAUGGCACAUGUUGACGAGAGUGAUGCCGGAAGCAGGAUUGUGUCUGGUAAAAAGCGAAGUUAUACUGAAAGUACCUUGACAGAACAAAGUUUGAAUUCAGUUGAGUCUUCAAGGGCAGUUCGUAUGAGAAAGACUGCGGAGGCUAUUCCCGAUGAUGAUGAUUUACUGUCUUCCAUUUUAGUUGGAAGGAGGUCUUCUGCCCUGAAAGUGAAGCCCACUCCCAGACCUGGUGAGAUAACUUCUCUGAAGCGUCACCGAACAGCUCCACGAACUUAUACUUCUAAAAGGAAGGUGCUCAUGGAUGAUACAAUGGUUUUGCACGGCGAUACAAUUCGUCAACAGUUGAUGAGCACUGAAGAUAUACGGCGCUUGAGAAAGAAAGCUCCCUGUACACGGCCUGAAAUUGCCAUGAUUCAGAGACAAUUCCUGGAAGAUCAAAUGUUUAGAGAACCAAUUCUUUCAGGUGUAUCGCCUUGUUUGGCUUCUCUUCACAGCCAGACAUAUGAUUUGAGUGGAAUCAGAAUCUGUAAAGAUGAAAGCAACAUCUUGGUAACGGAACCGGUAUUAGGUUCCAAGAAAGAUGCAUCUGUCGAGAACAUUUCGACUGAAGAUGCCGUGGCAUCUGCUGAACCCGCUUCUAUUGUGGUAGAUGAUCGGGAUGGGCCAAAUGAACUUGAAACUGUAAGAGAAGAUGGUGAACAACGAAGUGGUGAUCCACCCGAAUUCAGUGAGGUGAAGCUUUGUGGAAUGGAAGAGCCUACAGAGGACCUACCUGCAGCUUUGGACCCUAGUAGGAUACCAACCGAGCCUUUACAAGGUGUAGCUGGGAGUGAAAUUGGGGGAAGUAGUUCGAUUGCUGAAGCAGCACAUCCUCUUUCUAGUGUGGAAAUUGGCGCAUCCGAAUCUGUUUCAAAUGAUAUUGGUGAUGGUCCAUCAAGUGCAAUCCAACGAGAUUCACUUGAUAGGAGUGAAAUGGCUGUUCCAAUGCAGAUGGAGGAUGAACAACCUUCUUUAUGCGAUGAGAAAAGAGAAUCGGGGUCUGUUGAGAUGGAGGCUCCAGUGCACAUGGAUGAACCAGUUGUUUCAUGUGAUGAGAGAAGAGAAUUAGAAUGUGCCGAUGUGGAUGCUUCGAUGAUGCAUGGAGUCACUGGAAAGCCAAACGAUAAUGAUGACACGGUGUACGGUGGUGAUUUUAUUGCUUCAGAUGAAACUGGCCACGGUGCAGGGGAUGGGGUUUUGCAGGAGAGUAGCAAAGCUGCUGCUGCAGUUGCAAUUGAUAGAGAGACCAAUGGUCAAGUGGAAUACACUGAUCAUGAUCUUCUAAUGGAAUCUGAAACAGAUAUAAAUCGCAGUAGAGUGACUAAUGAUGGCCGUUUCCUUGAUGGCUUAUCUGGUGAAGAAUCUCUGAUCAGCUGUUCCAGUCCUGCACAAAAUUUAACUUCUCAAGCUUCACCUUUACCUGAAGUGGAAGAUUAUGUGCUGCAUGAACACAAUCAUGGAAAUGUGGCUGACGCAGACAUUUCGAGUUUCAACGUAUUUAACCGUGAAGAACAAGACUAUUCUGCUGCUGCUCAUGAUACAGAAUUUUUGAACGUUGAUGAUGAUGAAGUGGAUGAAGUGACUGAUGACUACAUUCCCGAAGCUGAUGAAGUUCGUUUUACUGAGAAUACUGGGUGGUCUUCAAGGACAAGAGCUGUUGGCAAGUAUCUACAAACACUGUUUGUGAAAGAGGCUGAAUAUGGUAGGAAGGCCAUUCCAAUGGACGGUCUUUUGGUUGGAAAAUCGCGCAAGGAAGCCUCAAGGAUGUUUUUUGAAGCCUUGGUCCUGAAGACGAGAGAUUACAUCCAUGUAGAACAACAGUGCCCUUUUGAUAACAUUAUCAUAAAGCCAAAGACAAAGCUUGUAAAAUCAGACUUUUGACAUCAUAGUCACGAAUAGGAGAUGCCUUGUAAGGGGGAGAAUUAAUGGUAUUACCUGUACUCAAGUGGGUAGCAUAGGUUUUUAUUCUUACAUUCAUUCUUUUCGAUAUUCUGAAAGAUGUAGGUUUGUUAGUUUGGGCAGUUCGAUUAGCUAGAAAUGUGUAGUAUCUUAAUCCUUUAGGAUGGACAAAAAAAAAACCGUGUGUAAAUAGCUUGUAGAAUUUGGUCUCAUCUGCAUCAAAUGCUAGCUAUAUUUUUAUCUUCAUCUUAGCUCUACCUGGUUUAUGUUCAAUUUUUAUUUAAAAAUGACCUUUGAGGUCACAUAUUGGCGCUGCUGUGUGUUGGAUCCUAGAUUCCUAGAUGUCUGAAUUUGGAAGUUCUAUUGUCGUAGCAACUUAAUAAUACACAGGAAAAAAAGUGCAUCCGGCAACUAGUAAUGUGGACAACUUCAUCAUUUUCGUUGGAACUA